UUUUAUCUUUUUACUCUUUCAAAAGGAACAAACACUUCUCCUUCCUUCCUUUCCACUGCACUUUUGUCCCCAAGCCUCUUCCAUUUCUCACACUCUCUACUUCCUUCCAUCUAUUUGACUUUCUGGGAAAAGAAACUCUGAAAGCAUGGCAAUGGCAUUGAGGCUUCAGCAGUUGAUGGUUUUGGUUUUGGCUUCCAUGGUGGUAGGCUCAGUUUCUUUAUCAUAUCAUCCGGAUGAGAUUUCCAGGCUUCCAGGGCAACCCCACGUUAGCUUUCGCCAAUUUUCUGGGUAUGUGACUGUGGAUCACAAAAAGCACACUUCUCUUUUCUACUACUUGGUUGAAGCUGAAACAGAUCCAGCUUCCAAGCCAUUAGUUCUCUGGCUCAAUGGAGGGCCUGGAUGUUCUUCCCUUGGAGUUGGUGCUUUCUCUGAAAAUGGACCGUUCAGACCCAAUGGCAAGAAUUUGGUCAGAAAUGGUUAUAGUUGGAACAGAGAAGCAAACAUGUUGUACUUGGAGACACCAGUUGGGGUGGGAUUCUCUUACUCCAUCGAUAACUCUUCUUAUCUUGCUGUCGACGAUGAGGCAACAGCUAGGGGCAACGUUGUAUUCUUGCAAAGGUGGUUCAACAAGUUCCCUCAAUACAGGCAGAGGGAUCUGUUCAUAACAGGAGAAAGCUACGCUGGGCAUUACAUUCCACAACUGGCAAAGCUGAUGCUUCAAAUGAACAGAAAGCACAGGAUCUUCCAUUUGAAAGGGAUUGCAAUGGGCAAUCCGGUGCUGGAAUUCGCCACGGAUUUGAACUCGAGGGCCGAGUACUUCUGGUCACAUGGUCUGAUUUCAGAUUCCACGUACAAGCUCUUCACUUCCGCCUGCAACUACUCCCGAUAUGUGAGCGAGUACUACAGGGACUCUGUCUCCAACCUGUGUGCUGACGUCAUGAACCAGGUCACCACCGAGACCAGUAGGUUUGUGGACAAGUACGAUGUCACCCUUGAUGUCUGCAUUCCAUCGAUACUCUCACAAUCUAAGGCUAUAUCUCCCAAGGUAUUAUCAUUAAGGCUCCUACCCACCUCAUUCACUCUGUGUAUUUGCUUCCACUUCCUUUCCUUUUGGGCUCACAGUCCGAGUGGGCAGGGAUUAUCUGAGGCGAUCGAUGUUUGCGUGGAGGACGAAACUGUAAAUUACUUGAACCGGAAGGAUGUUCUGGCGGCACUCCAUGCUAGGCUUGUUGGAGUCAGAAGAUGGGAAGUUUGCAGCAACAUUCUGGAUUAUGAGGUGCUUAACAUAGAGAAACCAACGAUUUCGAUUGUUGGAUUGCUUGUCAAGGCAGGAAUCCGGGUACUCGUUUACAGCGGAGAUCAAGAUUCAGUUGUUCCAUUAAUGGGUAGCAGAAGUCUCGUCCAUAGGUUGGCAAGGCAACUGGGGAUGAACACAACAGUACCUUACAGAGCUUGGUUUGCUGGUAAACAGGUUGGGGGGUGGAAUCAAGUUUAUGGCGAAAUGCUAUCAUUUGCAACGAUAAGAGGUGCAUCCCAUGAAGCUCCAUUCUCACAGCCAGAGAGAUCGCUUAUGCUGUUCAAGUCAUUCCUGGAAGGCAAGCAUCUUCCUGAAGUCUUCUGAGAUGCUGUAGUUAGUUAGUGGGAAGGUGAAUCCAGACUUUAGUGGUUGAGACUUUUGAUUGAUUGAUUGAUUUCAUUGUACAUAAGCGAUAUCAUGUGGGGUGUUUGAUUUGAUUUGCUCUCCCACAGCCCAAAAACAGGGAGGGUUUGGUGAGUGUUUGAGUGCCUUGUUCUUGAGCUGUUAAAUUUCCAUGCCAGGAAAAAGAAGAGAAGAAUGAAACUAUUUGAAAUGAAGGGAAAAUGUGGCUGCGGAAGCUAUUGAUUGCUCUUAUAAAGUGAUAACUAGACUACAUCCAAGGCAAAGUGCUUUCCCUUUUUGACAUAUUUUAUUGUGAUCAGCACAUAAC